GAGCGUCUUUGGAAUUGGACUGCUGCGACCUAACGAUGGUGGAUGUCUAUAAAGGUCUGAACCUGCUGGAGAGUCUCAAAGACUCCAUGGAGAGUAAUAAGUUGUCUGAGGUCAAAGAAGCAGUGGAAGACCUCCUGAUCAGCAGGAUCAACUUGGCUAUAGCAGGCGACCGUGGAGAGGAGAAGACCUCCUUCAUAAACUCCCUGCACGGCCUGUGUCCCGGGGAGGAAGGAGCAGCUCCAUCCUCAUCAGCGGUGGAUAGCGAGGACGUGACGUGCUACGUGAACCCCAAACACACUGACUACCGCUUGUGGGACCUCCCUCCUGUCCCUGAUUCGGCUCCGUUCGACUGUGACAACUACAUGGACAGGGUCAAGUUUCUCCGCUACAAUGCGGUCUUCAUGGCGUUCACGCAGACGACUCCCCCGCCCGGCGUUGUGGACCUGUUCCUCCGGACUCGCACGUUGCAGCAACAAACGCUCUACUUGACCCUUUUGGUCUCGGGGAACAAUGAAGACAGGUAUCUCGAAGCAAAAAGGAAAGCUAGUGUGGAGAUGCUGGCGUCCAGAGGGGUGACCCAGCCUAAAGUCUACCUAGUGAGACCUUCCGCCUUGGAGACUUUGGACUUCCCUACCCUUCUGGAGGACAUGAUCAAAGACCUUCCUGAAAUCAGAUCGUACGCUCUUUUGAUGGCGCUCCCAACGCUGACCGCCGCUCUGGUCUCCCAAAAAAAGGAGGCUUUCAAAGCGCUGGUGUGGGCAGCUGCCUCGCUUUCUGGCGGCAUGUCAGCCAUCCCCGUUCCCUUCGUGGCCUCCAUGGUGGACACGAGUGUAGCCGUACGAAUCCUGUCUAAAGCUCAAUUAUCCUUAUGUCUGGACGAUGCAUCGGUGGAGCGACUGGCCCGGCAGCGAGGCGCGGAAGCGGCGACACUCAAAGCCUUGCGGACGUGCACGUUGUCCGUGGAGGUCACCAAGGGGGAGGUGAAGAGCCGGCUGGCGGCAGCGGAGAGGGACUCGUCCACGCUCUCUUCCAAAUUGAUGCAGAUGGCUAUACCCACACACGCACGUUCGGCUGGCCGUUCCUUUUCCGCCAUGUUGCACGCCUUGAACAGCGCCAUCGAUGACAUGGCGGCAGACGCAGAGAAGAUUUUGGCCUCGGCUUUCAAAUAGAGGAAGCUUCUUCUUUUAUUUGUUGUUUUCCUUUACCUUCUUAAAGGCCUACUAAAACCCGCUACUACCGACCACGCAGUCUGAUAGUUUAUAUAUCAAUGAUGAAAUAUAAACAUUGCAACACGUGCCAAUACGGCCUUUUUAGUUUACUAAAUUGCAAUUUUAAAUUUAGUAAACUAAACGUCACGGAAUGAUGACGCGUGCGCGUGACGUCAUGGACUGUCAGGAAAUAUUAGCUCAGCACCAGUUACGGGUAAAAGUCAUCUCUUUUCAUCGCAUAAUUCCACAGUAACUUGGUCAUCUGUGAUGCUGAAUCUUUUGCAAUUUGUUCAAUUAAUAAUGGAGACUAUAAACAAUAAUGCUGUUGGUGGAAAGUGGUGUAUUGCAGCUGUCUUUAGCACCGAGACACAGCCGGUGUUUCUUUGAUUUUAACACAGAGCGGUCAAGGGAACAUGUUUCUCCACGUCAACCAGCAUGUUUUUGGAUGGGGAAAUUGUGAUAUAUAUCUUACCGGAGCCAUCAUUGGAAUAUCCGUCCUCCUGCAGUAGCUGUUUAAAAGUAGCUCAAUUGUGAGCUUGGCUCCUCGGCUUCUCUCUGAGACACUGCGUGUUCACCGCAGCCAUCCGACCUCGAGGUAUGUCUUUACAAUUGUCACACCUAUGGAUCUUGUUUUGUCAUGUUAUGUUUUUGAUUUUGGACAAUCAGUCACGUUUUGCACU